ACCCGGCCAAUCAGACUUAAAUCUCUCUCCUGAAUAUUUUCUUUCUCAAAACUCUCUUUUUGAUCCAAACAAAACAGUCUUUUUCCUCUUUUCCCUUUUAUAGUUUCUUAGAUUCCCAAUAAUCCAACGUAUUUUUCGAUUGUUACAAAAGAUUUGCUCAACCAUAAAAGAUGGAUGUGAAGAAAAUGAAAGCAACAGUGCCAUGGAUGAUGAUGUUCUUUCUAGUGUUGCCUGCAACUUUCCCAGGGUGUUUCUCAUCUGACAGUCAGCAACCCAACAAGAAAAAGUCAACCCAUCCAAAAGUUGCUAAUGGGUUUGGUUCAUCUGUUCUUUUUCCUCUUACUGGAAAUGUUUAUCCUUUCGGGUACUACUCUUUGUCGCUUAGCAUAGGCCAUCCACCCAAGGUUUUUGAGUUUGAUAUUGAUACAGGCAGUGACCUCACUUGGGUCCAAUGUGAUGCACCUUGCAACGGUUGCACCAAGCCCGUCAAUGAUCUUUACAAGCCUAAAAAACAUGUGCUUGUACGCUGUGAGCAUCCCUCCUGUGGUGCGGUUCACUUCCCAGGAAGUCCUCAAUGUGAGACACCGGAUGACCAAUGUGACUUUGAGGUCGAGUAUGUUGAUCAUGGUUCAGUUACUGGUGUGAUGGUCACUGACCUCUUUUCCCUUAGACUUACGAAUGGCUCCCUUAUUCGUCCCCGUUUGACGUUUGGAUGCGCUUAUGAUGUGAAGAAUCCUGGUCCAUACCCUCCUCCUUCAACAGCUGGAGUCCUCGCGCUUGGCAAUGGCAAAGCAAGCAUCUUGUCACAGCUGCAAAGCUUCGAUCUAAUAAGAAAUGUAAUAGGCCAUUGUUUAAGCGGGAAAGGUGGAGGAUACUUGUUCCUAGGAUAUGAUCUUGUCCCUUCUUCAGGAAUUGUUUGGAUGCCCAUGUCAGACGGCGUUAAGCAUUAUUUGUCCAGUCCAGCAGAACUCCUUUUUGGUGGAAAACCUACUGGUAUAAAGAACCUAAAAAUAGUUUUUGACAGUGGGAGUUCCUACACUUACUUCUGCUUGCGAGUUUAUGAAGCUGUACUUGAUCUGGUAAGCAGAGGGUUAACGGGGAAGCCAUUGAAUACAGUGCACGAUCAAGCUCUUCCAAUCUGCUGGAAAGGCCCAAAACCUUUCAAAUCUGUUCAUGAUGUCAAGAACUAUUUCAGCAGCUUGACACUGAGCUUUACAAACACCAGGAAUAUUCAGUUACAGUUACCACCUGAAGCUUAUCUUAUUGUCACGGAACAUGGAAAUGCAUGCUUAGGAGUCUUGAAUGGCACAGAAGCGGGACUGGGCGACUUCAACAUAAUUGGAGACAUCUCAUUGCAGGACAAAAUGGUAGUUUAUGACAACGAGAAGCAGCAGAUUGGAUGGGUGUCUGCAAAUUGUGAUAGGCUUCCCAAUUUGGACAGUGAUUAUAACGAAGAUAUUCAACAACCAUAUGCAGCCAAUUUUGGUAUCUUAGAAGAGAAUCAUCCCGCAACACAAGCUUCCAGCAAGAGCAACAUGCGGGUUCACAAAAGGGAGCUCUGAUAUAGUAAAAGAUAAAGCAAAACAACUUCAUACUA